AUGCCGCUCCACCUUCUAGGCAAGAAAUCAUGGAACGUCUACAAUCCGGAGAACAUCGCCCGCGUGCGGCGGGACGAGGCCCAAGCCAAAGCGCGCGAAGAGGAACAAGAACGACUGAUGCAAGAGGAGGACGCUGAGCGACGGAUCCAAGUUCUUCGCGGUGAAAAGCCCUCGACUCCUCCACCCCCUCCCCGAUCGCCGUCGCCCACCUCCCGAUCGGAAAGAAAGAGCCACGCAGAUCAUAUGGGGAGAAGCAGGAAACGAAGACGUCUGGCCGGGGAGAAUGACACCGACCGCGAUAUACGGUUUGCACGGGAAGAUGCGCAAUUUGCGCUUGCCAAGCGAGAGGAACUGGCUACGUCGCGCACCAGCGAUGCGCCCCUUGAGGACAGUGCCGGUCACAUCAAUUUGUUCCCGUCAAAUGAGUCGAAGCGGCCUGCCGAGAAGAACGCAGAAGCCGAAAAGGAAUCGGCCGAUAAGCAGAGGAGUUAUGAAGACCAGUACACUAUGCGAUUCUCCAACGCAGCGGGGUUUCGUCAAUCGGUUGGUCAGAAACCGUGGUAUUCCUCUUCUAGUACUGAUGCUAUGGCGCCGGAUUCCGUCUCUGGGAAGGAUGUGUGGGGAAAUGAGGAUCCAAUGAGAAAGGAAAGGGAAAAAUCUCGCAUGGAUGCCAAUGACCCAUUGGCGGCUAUGAGAAAAGGCGUCCGAGAAGAUCGCGAUCAGAAGACAGUCUUGAUGGAUUCAAGCUUGAUGCAUCCCCGGAAAGACAUCGCGAGGAUAAGGAUCAAAAAUCACAUCGACACCACCGGCAUGGUCGAGAGAGGAGUAGAGAUCGAUCACAUAGGAGCAGACAUCACUCCGACUCCCGCUCUCAUCGGCAUGGUCGCGAUCACCGCCGCAGUCGGGAUGAACGUCGACAUCGCGACAAACUUUGAUGAUAAUCUCAAGCAAUGA